ACAAAAAUCAUGCGAAACUGCAACACCAUGUUUUGGCCGUCAAAUCAGCGCCCAUGCCCAGAUUGGGAGUUCUGGCAGGAGCCCUCUGAUGGUUUUCUGGUCUCACUGUCAAGCAGCCAAGUUCACGACGACCCUUUCCAUGAUUAUCUCUGCUUUGAUAUGGUUGACAGGGCAAAUCAACCACUGGUGAAUAUGGAAGCCAUGGAAGCGAAGACUGUCAAGGAAAGAACAUACAUAGGGGUGAGGAAGAGACCAUGGGGAAAAUUCGCAGCAGAGAUCAGAGACACUACCAGGAAUGGCAGAAGAGUUUGGCUGGGAACGUUCCAGAGCGCGGAGGAAGCUGCUUUAGCUUACGACCAAGCUGCAUUCACCAUGAGAGUCAACUCUGCUGUUCUGAAUUUUCCGGUGGAGAGGGUUAGGCAGUCUCUGCGAGAUAUCAGGUAUGGCUGCCGCAAAGGCUGUUCGCCUGCUUUAGCCCUCAAAGAGAGGCACUACAUCCAAAGAAAACUGUCGUCAAAGGCUGAGAAAGACAGAGCCAAGCAGCAACCAGAGGUGGUGGUUCUAGAGGACUUGGGCGCUGAAUAUCUGGAGCAACUUCUCAGCGCAUGUGAUCAAAAUACAAGCCCUAUUUACUUCAAAUAAUCAAACCUGUUUCACAACUUUAUUACUGUUACUU